CUGGAGUGGCGGAAAGCUGCGCGCUCCGACGGCCUGAGUGACUUGGUGGCUGGCCUGGGUGCCGGGGCUGCCUGGAGUGGGACUGCCCGUCAGGGGCGGCACUUUGCCCCUCUCUGCAGCUCCCCGCAGUUAAAAACACACCGCGGGGACUGCGAACCGGGCUGUGCUUGGAGGAGACGCGGCCUGUCAGCACGCUCGGUCCCCCCGGGCGUCCUCCUGGGUCUGCCCCUGGGUCGCUGCUGAGAAGGACCGGGCUGAGCAGCUAGGAGAAGCAGGCCGGAGCCUUGUCGGGCUCCCCGGGCCCAGGGAUCCGAGGAGGAUGAGCUGGCUCUUUCCCCUGAGCAAGAGCGCCUCCUCGUCCGCUGCCGGCUCUCCCGGGGGCCUCACCAGCCUCCAGCAGCAGAAGCAGCGCUUGAUCGAGUCCCUGCGGAACUCACACUCCAGUAUAGCUGAAAUACAGAAAGAUGUGGAAUACAGAUUGCCAUUCACUGUAAAUAACCUGACGAUUAACAUUAAUAUAUUACUUCCUCCACAGUUUCCUCAGGAAAAGCCGGUGAUCAGUGUUUAUCCACCCAUACGACAUCACUUAAUGGAUAAACAAGGAAUAUAUGUUACCUCGCCAUUAGUGAACAAUUUUACAAUGCACUCAGAUCUUGGAAAAAUUAUUCAGAGUUUGUUGGAUGAGUUUUGGAAGAAUCCUCCAGUUUUAGCUCCUACUUCCACAGCAUUUCCAUACCUAUACAGUAACCCAAGUGGAAUGCCUCCUUACACUUCUCAGGGUUUUCCAUGUCUUCCUCCGUAUCCUCCACAAGAAGCCAACAGGAAUAUUUCUUUGUCUGUUGCCGACACUGUUUCUUCUUCAACAACAAGUUGCACACCAGCAAAGCCUGCCGCACCUUCUUUUGGCAUCCUUUCCAAUCUGCCAUUACCUGUUCCUACAGCAGACACUGCUACACCGAUAAGCCAAAAUGGUUUUGGUUACAAGAUGCCAGAAGUCCCUGAAGCAUUUCCAGAACUCUCAGAACUAAGUGUGUCACAGCUAACAGAUAUGAACGAACAAGAGGAGAUCCUACUAGAGCAGUUUCUCACUUUGCCCCAACUAAAACAAAUUAUUAACGACAAGGAUGACUUAGUAAAAAGUAUUGAGGAACUAGCAAGAAAAAAUCUCCUUUUGGAGCCUAGCUUGGAAGCCAAAAGACAAACUGUUUUAGAUAAGUAUGAAUUACUUACCCAGAUGAAAUCUGCUUUUGAAAAGAAGAUGCAAAGGCAGCAUGAACUUAGCGAGAGUUGUAGUGCAAGUGCCCUACAAGCAAGGUUGAAAGUAGCUGCACAUGAAGCUGAAGAAGAAUCUGAUAAUAUUGCUGAAGAUUUCUUGGAAGGAAAAACUGAAAUAGAUGAUUUUCUCAGUAGCUUCAUGGAAAAAAGAACAAUUUGCCACUGUAGAAGAGCCAAAGAAGAGAAACUUCAACAGGCGAUAGCAAUGCACAGCAAAUUUCAUGCUCCUCUAUAGAUUUUCCUGAAAACAUGAACUGCCAAGACAGGAAUGGAACACAAUACUAAGCACAUUGUUUUAUAUUUUGACUUGUAAAUUGACAUUUCAUCAACAGUGGCUAAAUCUACAGGUACACUGUAAGGAUUGUAUGCAGAACUGGGACUGAUUUUGUACAGAUUAGAAUCAUUGCUAUGAUUUAUUUUGAGAAAAUUUCUGCACUAUUUGCACUAAAAUAUUUAUUGUUGUUAAAUUCUAUUUAAGUUCUAUUGCUAUUUCUCUUACUGAUUAAAUGCCUAUGCAUAUAAUUUUAGCUAGUUUUGUUUGUAGUUUUAACUUGAAGCUGCCCCAUUUUUUUUUCCUCUUAAUUUUUUGAAAAACUAUUUUAACUGUACAGAGAUCCUUAUUUUUCAUCUUUCUUUCUGAUAAAAACAAACUGCUUUUAAGAAUUUAAUCAUAGUGUCAGGAAACAUGAAAUAUGUCAGUGUACCAUUUCAAGAAGGUCACUUUUAAUAUUUACAAUAAAUCAGAAGAAUAAACUA